AUGGCGCCCCUCAAAGACCGUCGCAGGUCGAUGCCUGCAACCAUACAUCAAGACUACACCCCAUCCAAAAAUUCCAAACCUACCACGCUCACACCCUCGCGCCGUUCACCUCGAGUUCCCACGAGCACCACAAAAAACAGAUCUUCUUCUGCUCAACCUCACAGCCUUCCUUCCACACCUUCCGAUCCCACGUUCCCCAGCGCUCCUCAAACUCCUAAUACCACUCGAUCCCCGAGUCUACGACAGUCCACGAUCAACUGGAAAACUGUUAGCCUGCCAGACGAGCCACAGUCGCGUCGGAGAUCUUUCAAACCUCGUCCAUCCGGUUUAUCGAACGUGUACACACCUGCAGUGGAAAAACAACCAACGACUUCGAGCAGUCGCCGAACAACACGGCGACAAUCCUCAUUACAAACACCCAAAACCCCGCAGUACACAUUCUCCGACCACGAGUCGCUUGAGAGUACUGCUAGUCUGAGUCCAACACUCGACCAGUACGCGAGUGACCUUGACGAAUCAACUGCUCCACCUUCUCCUACAGCGUCUUCGAACACCAUGCGUUCAUCCGCUCGCACCCGCAAACCGACCCAGCGCGCCAUGGAAGCGAUGGAGUCGGCUGAGAAGUCCCGUCGCAGGAAGAGGGCUACUUCUACUCAUCCUCCUUCAUCCUCUCCUCACGUCACAGAGGAGCUAGCCACGUCCGCACCAUCCGAGCCUGAACCACUGCCAGAACCUGAACCAUUGCCAGAGACUGUGUCUAAGCCUGUCAAGCCUGUUAAGCCUACGCCUGUUCGAAUUGUGAAAAAGAAGCCCACAACAAAAGCAGAGAAGAAGAAGGCAUUGCUGGCAAAACGUCAGCUGACUGCAGCCUCUAACAAGCUGCUUGCCCUGGUCGAAUCUGCCACUGACCCUAGUUUCACUCCUGACUAUGACCCUGAGUGGGUGAUUCAAGAUGCUCGAUUCUGCUGGUGGCAGAGGACUCAUCCGAGCGAAAAGCCUACCACCCGACCCUCACUCGAGCCGGCUGAUCUCAACCAGCCAAACUUGUACGACAGUGAUUCCGAUGAGGCGAUGGGGGUAGAAAAGCCCUCAGAAAUUGAGAAGCCCUCCACUGUUGAAACGCUUUCUCCCGCCAAAAGUCUGGCGCCUGCGGAGAAGAUCGCUGACAACCCCGUGCCCGUUGAACAACCCGUACUCGCUGAGAAGCCUGUGCCCCUCAAGCAGCCUAUGCCCGCUACUGAGCCGUCGCUUGCAAAGGAGCCUUCGCCUGUUGAAGAGCCCUUGCCUGCUUCGAAGCCCGCGGCUGGCAAGAAGUCAGUCAUCAGGAGGCAAUCUGCCAAGAAGCAGAUCGCCAAGAAGCAGCCCGCCCGGCGCCAAUCGGGCAGGAAGGCCGCCCAAAAGGUGCAGACGGCCCUUGAGGCGGCCCAAGCGGAGAAGUCCACCGCUGCGGAGGAACCGGCCAUAGUCGAAAUGCCGGCUAUGGAAAACCCGGCCCUCCGAGGCCUGGCAAAGAAAUCGGAGCCUCGCAUCGCCGCUCCCGAUUUCGUCGAGACGGGCCAUGUCAACGAGUACGGGGAGAAGCUGCUGGUUAUCUCGGGUGGGUACACCGUGUACCGCCCACCACACACCUACUUGGAUGCGGCCCUGCCACAGCCGCCUCUCCGAGUACGGAGCCAGCAGCAGGUCCAGGCCGACCUGCGACUUGGAUUCCCUCCUCUCUUUGGGGAUCGCAAUAUCCCCUUUGAUGCGGAGACGAUGAUGAAGGAGGCGGCUGCCCAUCCCGCCUCCUCCUCCGACGCUAAGGCGGAGUCAAAGGCAGAGCCCGAGGUGGAUGUGCAGGAGUCCGGGCCCACGACAAAGCGUCGCCGCCUGGCCAGCGGUCGAUCGCACCGCGUGGCGCCGACUGUGACGAGGCGCAUCCGACUCGUGGUGAAGCCGGCUGCCGCCGAAAGCGCCCCGGUUGAAACUGAGGCCUCCUCGGUUCAGAACCAAGAGGCCCCGGUCUCAGCGGGGAAGGGCAGGAAGAGAGCUGCUACUCUCAUCUCUGAUGAGGGAGAGUCUGCGACACCUGCCCGUCGGGGGUCCAGGUCGGCUGGAGGAAAGGGAAAGAGGGCCCGCCGCGGGUGA